GGCCUCUACCCCUAUGACGACGUCGGCCUGAGACAAUUUGGAUCAACGCAAACACGAUGCAGAUGCGGUGAUGCGGUGUGGCGCCGGCCUGAAGGUCAUGGCCGCCGUCGAGAUUGAGAGGUGCAGCGCGCCGGCGAGGUGCUGGACCGGCAGUCUAUGACGGUGCGGGUCUGCCGGCGGAUCCAGCGCUCCUGCUUCACGGCCUCCACCGCCACCAUGGACGCCACCACUGCGAGGACGCUGCUCAUGGCCGUGCUGGGAGGGGCCGUCCUGGCCGCCACCCUCGCGGGAGAAGAAAACCAGACUGCAUCGGCGCAACCGCUCGCUGACGAGGCCGGAGCGGCUGGCCCGGCCGCCACGAACGACAGCAGCAGCCCGCCGUCCUCCACCCCCAGCUCGAGUACCCCCAAGGACGCCACCUACGGCCGCAUCGCCCGGGCCAUGUGCGUAGUGUACUCGGAGUACGUGUACCAGGUACCGCCCCCCAUCGCGCUCAUUGCGGGAGACUCCUCCAAGGUGGACAUGUGCACCAUGCCCGCCGAACCCCUCAUCGUGGGCGGAGACAACGUGGCCCCCAACGAGUUCCCCCACAUGGCGCUGGUUGGAUACGCCAACGACGAGGGCGGAAUCGAGUACCUGUGCGGCGGCUCCCUCAUCGCGCCCAACUUCGUCUUGACGGCCGCCCACUGCCUGAUACUCCAAUCAGGCCAGCCGGCGCGAUGGGUUCUCCUCGGCGACCUGGACCUCUCCACGACGAAGGACGACGCCAGCCCCCAGCGCCUGGAGGUCGCCCAGGCCAUCAAGCACCCCGACUACCAGCCGCCCCAGCACUACAACGACAUAGCGCUGCUGCGGCUCGAGAGAAGCGCCGAGAUGACGGCCUACGUCCGGCCUGCCUGCCUCAACACGGAGGGGAUCAUCCCCGGGUCCAGCAGCAAGCCAUUGGCCACCGGCUGGGGCCACACCGAGUUCGCGGACGCCAUGCCGUCCAGCAUCAUGAUGAAGGUGGAGUUGCCGCUGCAGCCGUACCACGUCUGCAACGACACCUACAGGAGCCUGGUCGGCGCGAGGCUGCCCCGGGGCAUCCUGGAUGAGACGCAGCUGUGCGCCGGCCUCCUCGCGGGUGGGAAGGAUACAUGCCAGGGCGACUCUGGCGGCCCGCUGCAGACCUUCACGAACGACGAGCCUUACUGCAUGCACCACGUGCUGGGCGUCACCUCCUUCGGCAAGGGCUGCGGCUUCAAGGAGGCCCCUGGCGUCUACAGCAGAGUCUCGGCCUUCGUGCCGUGGAUCGAGAGCGUCGUCUGGCCCAACGAGCACUAGUGCAGGAGCCAGUCCACCCCGCGGCCCCGUUUCUUUUUGUCACAAUACCGGAAUACAAGAUUUUCGUGAAGCCGCACUGGAAAAUAAAGCGUGUUCCGAUCGCUGCUCGUCUUCCUAUCACGAUCAA